GGUUCGGCGACCGUCACUCGAUGUUUUUGUUUUAACUUGCCAAAUUAAAUACGUGGCCCUGUGGAAUUCGACUAAAAAUUGAAAUUUAUUAAUAAAUUUGAAGGAAAAACGUAAUUUUUAAGGAUUUUCGAGAUGUUUGACAUUCCAAUGCAUAUGGACUACGAUGGACAAGGCAGAGCUGAACGCCUUUCUCGGUUGAUUAUCACCCUCUUUGGCAUCGUUGGUCUCAUCUGGGGCGGACUUAUCCAACAAUUUUCCCAAACAGUUUACAUUUUAGCAGCGGGAUUUGUCCUAGCGUCAUUAGUUACCGUUCCUCCAUGGCCCAUUUACCGCAAAAAGCCACUCAACUGGCAAAAACCGAGACAAGAACCGACCCCAAGUACCUCCAGCAGUGGCGAUGACGGCAAAAAGAAGAAGAAAUAAAUGUCUUUUGUGUUAAAUAUUUAAAAUUUA